UUUACAGCAAAUGACAAGUUGUGAUAACGAAGAAACCUUUAUGGCAAAUUCGUUCUAUUUCCAUCAUUUGAGAAAUCAUUCUACAGAGCAUGCGUGUUGUUACUAAAUAUAACUGGCAACCAUGUAUUCAAACGCAAACGCGCAAUUACGAAACGAAAUGAUCGAUGCGUUUUAGCAGGAAGAAGAACGCAAAGUGAUCGCUUGCUCGAACAGGAAGUACGGAAUUCUGACUCUCAUUCUGUGUACGACUUUUGAGACGAUAGGAAGUUUUGUACCAUCGUUGUGAAAUUUGGAUACGACAUGGCGGAGCCUGUAGAUAUGACACUGCAGAUCAGUAAUAAACAAAAUAAAUGCUACCGGAUGAAAGACUUGACACGUGCGUCGUCAGUUAAUAUUGCGAACAUACCACCCAUACGGGGUGAAACAGAAAAUCUAGUGCCGGGGAGGACACAACAAGUGCUGUCGCAGAAACAGCAGGAGGUUGACAAAACGGAACAAUUAUCUCGCGAACUAGCGGCAGAGAAGGCAAGAAGCACACAACUAAUGGAGGAACUUGAACAAAGCAGAAGAAUGAACGAGGAGCUAAUAGCUGGUCUAACGGAAAGGGAUGCCAGCAGAUCCGAUUUCGAGAGAGACAAUCGCUUUUCUAGCACCCGUAGGGCACCAGGUGCAUCGAACUUGGAAGAAUCCAGGUUCUACACAUCAAUUAACCAGCUUUCCAUUUCUUCCAUCAACAUCCCCGAAUGUAAGCCGGAUGAAGAUGGUGAAAUCCAUCGUCAGUCUUUUGAAGCAUGGAAAGAUCUUUUGGUGGACUCUAUGACGUUAGCUGGAAUAGAGGACGAAGUUACCAAGUUUAUGAUCUUCAAGGUUAAGUCCGGCGCGAGACUUCUUGAAAUAUUCAGGAACACAAGAUCAGUGGAAGAAGACCCCAAUGUUAAUGAUUUUCCAUUCGCAAAUGCAAUAUCCAGGCUAAAGUCCUAUUUUGGAUCUGGAUCCGACGUUAUGCUCAUGAGACGGAAGCUAGCAUUGUUGAACCAGAAGCCAGAUGAAUCCGAUUUAUCGUACAUAACACGGGUCUGA